AUGGCCCCAAGUGACGAUUUCACGCGCCCGGUGGAGAUUAUCGACCGCGUCGCGUUCGUGAGAAAUAACCCGUCAAAACCCGUGAAAUUCGAAAAGAGCGUGAGCGAAAUUGGAGACUCCUUGUGUUCCAAUAGCUCGCCUUCGGUUCUCGCGCUCUUCUUGUCGAGCCAAAGAUGCAAAUUCGCGUCGAGGUACCAAACGUUGAGAGCGUUUCUCACGCUAAACGAGAGUUUGUGCGUUUUCCCAUCCAACAACUCUCCGAGAAAAGGCGUGAUCUCGAAAUCGUACGAUGGGAGGUCGAACGAGCCUAUUCCGGUAAUGGGCCUCCACAUGAGGGGGUUUACGCCCCCGGCCCACGAUAACCUCGCGAAACGGGCCAUUCCCCGGGGAUCCGGUGAGGUUAUUUGCGGAAAGGUACUCGUUCGGAUAGUUUCCGAACCAGAACUCGUCGUUUUCGUGGAAAGAGACGUACACUUCCAACACGGCGCGGUGAGUGUUGGGAGGAAUAUCGAAUUCCUUCGACUGAACGUCGGUCGAGUUCUGGAUCUCGAACCAGAGCCCGUCGUUCAGGGGUAG